UGUAGUACCUCCCCUACGUAAGAACAAGCCCCGCCCACUCCACAAGCGCUUCAUUGAAACUGUUUCAUGACGUUCGGAAAGCUCCGCCCACUCCCCCCAGAGCCGCUCUCGCCGCUCGCCGGAGUCUGAGCCGCUUCACAACAAUGUAGCACACGCAUAAUGGGAUUUACCGGGUUCACUUUCAAACGCUUGUGUUGUUGUUUUAAAAAUUAACAAGACUUUCGCUUCGACUUCAAAGGGGAUGAAACGCAGUGACGCUGAAUGAACAGGUGAGGGGGUGCCAUGCCAGCUGCUGCUCCCCUGUUGCUGCUCCUCGCCAUCUUGUGGUGGCCUCUGGUAUCGCCUCUGGCCCCCGGUCAUCUUCAGAGCCCCCCAACAUUCAUCUCCCUUAAUGGCUCCCGCCUCAAUCACCUCCUGCUCGACAACAGUUCGGGCCACGUCUACGUGGGGGCGGUAAAUGUCCUCUAUCACCUUUCCCCAGACUUGCAGCUGCUCUCCUGGGGCAAGACGGGGCCUAAACUGGACAGCCCGGACUGUCUGCCCCCCAUCGACCCCACGGAUUGCACCCAGGCGGAAACUACGGACAACACCAACAAGCUUCUGUUGCUGGAGGUCAAAGGAGGGGAUCCGCUCAGCUUGAUCGUAUGCGGGACGGUCCUGCAGGGCAUCUGCGAGAAGCGAAGCUUGGAGAACGUCUCCCAGGUGCUGUACAAGACCGACAACCCCGUGGACACGCAGUAUGUGGCCGCAAACGACCCUCGAGUGUCCACGGUUGGUGUGGUGGUGGAGCAGAAAGGUGUUCUGCUUAUGCUUGUUGGGCGGGGCUACACCAGUAAAGGACCUGGUGGGAUCCCACCAAUCACGAUGCGACGCUUAACCCCAGUCGCCCGGCACUCUGCUCCGGCGUUCUCCCACGAAGAACUUGGGAAGCUCGUUGUCGGAAGCUACUCCGAAUACAACAACCACUUUGUGAAAGCUUUUCGGCACAACAGCUACGUCUAUUUUGUGUUUUCUCGGCGCGACGUGUGGGGCAAACGAGAGUAUCGGACGUACGUUUCAAGACUCUGUGCAGGCGACCCCAAUUUCUACUCUUACGUGGAGGUGCCGCUUUCCUGCGGUGGAGGAUUCAAUCUGGCACAGGCGGCCGUACUUGGCCGUCACCGAGAACAACCCGCGCUGUUCGUGGCCAUGGCCAUGGGGCAGGCGUCGACUCCCACACCCACAGACAGGUCGGCUCUUUGUGUGUACAAGGUGGAGGAGCUGGAUAGAGCCCUGCACGGAGCCCAGCUACUGUGUUACACACAGGAGGGCAAAGACGCCAACAACAAGGAGAAGGCGUAUAUAGAGUACGAAGUGUCCUCCAGCUGUCUGAAGCUCCCACAGGACUCUUUGAACGAGUACCCAUGCGGAGGGGAGCACACGCCCAGUCCUAUCGCCAGCGCCAUUGCUCUAGAUGCCACGCCCGCUUUCACCUGGACUCCUCCCAUCACUGCUGUGACCACGGCAACUGAAGUCGGCCACACCAUAGUACUCCUAGGAGACAAAAAUGGAAGGUUGCACAAGGUGUUUUUGCAUGCAAAUGGUACCGGUACCAAAUAUGACACAGUGGAGGUGGAUCCAGAGAGUCCCAUUAACGCUGACCUGCUGUUGGACUCCACCAAACAGAACGUCUACGUAUUAACUGAAAGAAAGGUUACAAAACUCCAUGUCGCUCAGUGUGAGAAGCAUUUAGACUGCCACUCCUGUCUGUCUAAUAGAGAUCCCUACUGCGGCUGGUGUUCGCUGGAGGGCAGAUGCACAAGGAAGAUGGACUGCGCACGGCACGCUCAGGCUCACCACUGGAUCUGGAGCUUCGGUCGUGAGCACCAGUGUGUGUCCAUAGAGAGUUUACAUCCCACCAUCCAGAGCAGAGAAGAGCAGACACAGGUCUCUUUCACAGUUCUACAGUUGCCGGUCUUGUCAAAGGAUGAGUCUCUAUCUUGCGCUUUUGGGAGUUUGGCUGCUCAGCCUGCGGUUGUCAUGGAGAACAGAAUCACAUGUCAAUCACCGGCUCCGGAGCAGCUCCCCCCGAGUCCGCCAGGCAACGAUCACGUAUCUGUUCGAAUGGCGCUGAAGUUUGGAGACGUGACCAUCUCGCAUACCAAUAUCACCUUUUAUGAUUGUAAAGCAGUCGGACGGCUCAACGCUACCUCACCGUGUAUGGCGUGUGUUAGCAGUAUGUGGCCGUGUCAUUGGUGUGUGAAGGAUGAGCUCUGCACACACAAUAAGAGCUGCCCUCGUCAACACGUCAUCUAUAACAGCAGGGAGCAGUCAUCGCCCCGCGGGCCCGACUCUUGCCCCUGCGUCUGGGCCCUGCAGAGCUCCCCUCUGGUUCCUGUUGGCUUUGACACCGAGCUCUCUCUGCAGGGCAAAAACCUGGACAUAUUUGAGGAUGAGGAAGAUUACGCUUGCGUGCUGGUCAUCGAAGGCCGGGAGCUGCGCCUGUCGGCCACGUUGGACCGCGGCAAAGAGACGGGGACGCAUGUGUUCAAGUGUGCCGCUCAUCAGUUUCGGUACUCAGGAAAGCAGUUUGAAUAUUCGGCUCCUGUAUACCUGCAAUGGGGGACGCAGCGUAUAGACUCAGCACCUCAUCUCCGCUUGCAGCUGUACGACUGCUCAGUGGGACAGUCCGACUGCAGCCAGUGUCGUGCGGUUGCGGCCAAUUACGGAUGUGUGUGGUGUGCCGACAAAACUCCCGGCUGUGUGUAUAACCGAUCCUGCACCAGUGGAACCAUGGACACCUGUCCUCCUCCUCUAAUCACUGAGGUCGAGCCGCUGACCGGACCACUGGAGGGCGGCAUUAUGCUGACGAUCCAGGGAUCGAAUUUGGGCCAGAGCUUCCAGGACAUCCAGGCAGGAGUGACGGUGGCAGGGGUGACCUGUAGUCCUCUGCCAGGAGCCUAUCGCAUUUCCACCAGCAUUGUGUGUGAGCUCCAGGCCAGCGCAAAUGUCACAGCCGGACCGGUCGUCAUCACCGUCAGAGGUUCAGAGAAAGGAGAGUCCCAGCAGACGUUCUCAUAUCAGAAUCCACAGCUGAGCAGGAUUGUACCGGAAAAAGGGCCUUUAGCUGGGGGCACGAAGCUAACGGUCCACGGGUCGCAGCUCCUAACGGGACAAAGAACGAAACCAAGCAGCAACCAAAUCACUGGCCUGCAGGCCUUCUUGGGCUCGAAGCCCUGUCGCAUUGAUUCAGUGAGUGACACACACAUGAUUUGUCGCACCAGUCACUCCAACCAAACUGGAAGAGUGCCAGUCAGAGUUGUGUUUGGAAAAGCAGAGAGGAUUUUGGAAAGUGUCCUUUUCAGCUAUAUGGAAGACCCAGCGAUCACUGAUGCAACACCUGCAGAGAGUUUCUGGGGGGGUGGGCGUCUUAUACAAGUGACCGGCCAAAACCUGAAUGUCGUUCAGCAGCCGAAGAUGUCAGUCUCUUUUGAGUCCAGAGAGAGGUCAAAAGCCAGAAGACGUCGACACACCCACGUUUCAGUCGGGAAUGACUUGGUUAUGAUUCAAGAGUUGUGCACCAACGUGACCUCAGAGCGGAUGAUUUGCAAGAGCCCAGCGGUGGAGCCGAAAUCCAGGAUUGUGCGAGUGUGGUUCGAGAUGGACAACGUGCACAUCGACUUCAACACCAUCAAGAACAAGCCGUUCACGUACCAUCCAAACCCAGACUUAUUCCAGCUCAACAGUGAGUCCAGAGAAACACCCAUCCGAUUCAAACCUGGAGGAGUCCUGGCAGUAGAGGGUAAGGGACUGACACUGGCUAUGAGCAAAGAGGAAGUUGUGGCCCGGCUAGGGGACAAAGAGUGUGACGUCAAGACUCUGGAUAACACACACCUGUACUGCGAACCACCUGAGGAACAGCCUCUCGCCCUGGACGACAGCGACUUACCCAGACUUAAGGUGUUAAUGGGAAGCUUGGCUUUUGACUUGGGUCCAGUGCAGUAUGACAAUGAUUUACACUCCUCGGUGCCCUUGGCAGCUCAGAUCGGUUUGGCAGCGGGGGCCGCGGUGGUGGUGCUCGUCGUGCUGGUUAUCAUUCUCAUGUACAGGCGGAAGAGUAAACAAGCUCUGAGAGACUAUAAAAAGGUUCUGGUGCAGCUGGAGACUCUGGAGAUAAACGUUGGAGACCAGUGCAGGAAAGAGUUCACUGAUCUGAUGACGGAGAUGAUGGAUUUGAGCAGUGACGUCGGCGGUCCCGGCAUCCCCUUUCUGGAUUACCGCACGUACGCAGAGCGCGUUUUCUUCCCCGGCCAGAAGGGCGCGCCGCUGAGUCAGAAUCUGGAUUUGCCUGAUUCUCGUCGACAGACGGUGGAGCAGGGCCUGGGUCAGCUCAACAACCUGCUCAACAACAGACUCUUCCUUAUACGGUUCAUUCACACUCUGGAGGCGCAGCAGAGUUUCUCGCAGAGGGACAGAGGUUACGUCGCCUCCCUUCUCACGAUGGCCCUUCACGAUAAGCUGGAAUACUUCACGGAUGUAAUGAAAACCCUGCUGGGUGAUCUAGUGCAGCAGUACGUGGCCAAGAACCCCAAACUCAUGCUGCGCAGGACGGAGACGGUUGUGGAGAAGAUGCUGACCAACUGGAUGUCCAUCUGUCUCUACUCAUUUCUCAAGGAGGUUGCUGGUGAGCCUCUCUACAAGUUGUACAGGGCUAUUAAAUACCAGGUAGAUAAAGGACCAGUGGACGCGGUGACGGGCAAAGCCAAACGAACCCUCAACGACAGCCACCUGCUCCGAGAGGACAUCGACUACUGCUCAGUGACUCUGACGGUGCUGGUGAAGAGCGGUGUUGAGGUGCAGCCCUGUCCUGUUAAAGUUCUGGACACUGACACCAUCACUCAGGUUAAAGAUAAAAUCCUGGACCAGAUUUAUAAAGGAGCAGCAUACUCCCAAAGACCAGCCGCAGACUCGCUCGACCUUGAGUGGAGAUCGGGCCAGGCGGGUCACCUGACUCUUUCUGACGACGAUGUCACAGCCAUCGUUCAGGGUCGCUGGAAACGGAUCAACACUUUACAGCACUACAAGGUACCCGAUGGGGCCACUGUGGCCCUAAUCCCUCGUUCCCAGAGUUCUCUUGGAGUAAAUCAGUUCUACCAGACUGGAGAGAAAACUCCCAUGCUGGAGGGAGAGGAGGAAGAAGGUCUUCGUCUGUGGCAUCUGGUGAAGCCGAGCGAGGACCCCGAGAUCCCCAAACACAGGAAGAGCAGCAUGAGAGAGAGGGAGCGGGCAAAAGCCAUUCCUGAGAUCUACCUUACACGACUGCUUUCAAUGAAGGGCACUCUGCAGAAGUUUGUAGACGAUGUCUUUGUAGCCAUACUGAGUACCAAACGGCCUCCACCCAUCGCAGUCAGAUUCUUCUUUGACUUCCUGGACGACAUGGCAGAAAAACACGGGAUCGAUGACCCAGAGACCGUUCACAUCUGGAAAACAAACAGUUUACCUUUGCGCUUCUGGGUCAACAUCUUGAAGAAUCCUCAGUUCGUCUUUGACGUGCAGGUGACGGAUAGCGUGGACGCCGUCCUUUCCGUUAUCGCACAGACCUUUAUUGAUUCCUGCACUACAUCCGAGCACAAAGUGGGCCGGGAUUCUCCAGUGAAUAAGCUGUUGUACGCCCGAGAAAUCCCACGAUACAAGCAGCUGGUGGAGAGGUACUACAGUGAUAUUCAUAACGCCGUGUCUGGCUGUUACCAGGAAAUGAAUUCAACCCUCACAGAGCUGUCAGGGAGCUUCGCAUCUGAGAUGAACAGUUUGGUGGCGUUGCAUGAGCUGUACAAGUACAUCAACAAAUACUACGACCAGGUUAUCAUGUCUCUGGAAGAAGACGCUGCGGGUCAGAAGAUGCAGCUGGCGUAUCGGCUUCAGCAGGUCGCCGCCCUGGUGGAGAAUAAAGUCACUGACCUUUAGGCUUUGACCUUUCACCUCGUCUAAGCUCGUCAAUAACCACGUCUUAUCAUGUGAUCGGCCGAUGAAACGCAGCCACAACGCCAAACACUCGUGUGCUUCCACAACCGUUCACAUAAACCUCCUGCAUAUUCUUAACAAAAGGGAACAGGAAAUGAAGUAAUGAUCACAUUCUUCCGAUAAAACCUUAAUGGGAAUUUUAUUGGAGGAAGGAUUGCUUUUCAGACUGAGGCUCUGAACAACUCACAGGAGUAUUGACUGAUGGGAAGAGUGUGUGUGUGUGUGUGUGUGUGUGUGUGUGUGUGUGUGUGCAUGUUUAAUUGUCAUGUUUUUGUCUGAAAGGCUCUGCUGUAUAUGUGAAGUUUACUAAUUCAAAUUCUAACACAAGGCUAUUUUAAUGACACUACUGAAGCAGCUCUCACAUAUUGUGACAAGCUGAGACAUUUUAUACCAUUUUUAUCUCCAUUCAAGUGAUCAGAUCCGUUGUAUGGAGUUUCACGAACUGACACGUCUUGUUAGCGCUGCGGACAAAUCCCUCAUUUACUUCAACUGUACAUGGAGUAUUUGCUUCCAAGUUUAGAAAUGUUCACAAUCAAAGCCCAAACUCAAAGACUGUCCUCGGCCAUGUGGUGUUUACCUUUUGUACUAACAUUUCUACAUUAGUAUUGCAGAUCAAAACAAGUAUUACGCUUUUACAGGGACUGUAGAGUAAGUCUAUGCACACAAGUGCCAUAACAAGUUAUAAGAGCACAAUAUUUGUGUGUGCACGUUGUUGUGUAGCUUUAGGUGUGCAUGCAAAAAAGGUCACAGUUUUCAGGUUUUCCGCUGUUGUUAGUGUCUCAUAUCUGGAAUUUCUCAGAAUUGUUCAAUACAGUUGAAGUCAAAAGUUUACAUACACCUUGCCGAAUCUGCAAUAUUGUACCAAAAUAAGAGGGGUCGUACAAAACGCAUGACCUGAAUAAGAUAUUUCACAUAAAAGACGUUUACACAUAGUCCACAGGAGAAAAUAAUACUUGAAUUUUUUUUAAAUGACCAUGUUCAAAAGUUUACACACGCUUGAUUUUUAAUACUGUUGUUUCCUGAAUGAUCCACAGCUGUGUUUUUUUGUUUAGUGAUAGUUGUUCAUGAGUCCCAUGUUUGUCCUGAACAGUUAAACUGCUGCUGUUCUUCAGAAAAAUCCUUCAGGUCCCACAAAUUCAGCUUUUUUGUGUAUUUGAACCCUUUCCAACAAUGACUGUAUGGUU